AUCUCUGGUGCGGUGCUGGGAGUGUUGCCCGCCCGCCCAGUGAAUUAGCGCGUGCCGGGGAAUUGUUACGGGGUAGGACGACAAUCAGGAAAGCUGCAAAGAUAAUCUCAGCGCGCUGUCAGAAAAAGCCACUGCUUUGUAGUCAAACUGGUGGCAGUAAAAACACCCCUAAAGUCGGCCCGUGAAGAAUGGUUACCAGGUUUGUGGCAGGGAGCCAGGGCAGUUUUGGCAGGUUGAUGGGAAAUUCAGGCUCAAAGCCUGGGGCCAGAAGCCCAGUGGAGCUGACUGGAAACAUGGCUGCUGAUGCCUUCCUAAAGAAUGGGAUAGUUCCUGACAUUGUGGACAAUCCCCCAACAGAGACAGCAGCUGUGACAUAUGAAGGCAACACCAUUAUUGUUGACUUUGGAAAUGAGCUGACCCCAACUCAGGUGAAGAGCCCUCCCCAAGUGACCUGGGCAGCAGAGGAAGGUUAUCUUUACACUCUCAUCAUGACAGACCCAGAUGCUCCCAAUCGGUCCAACCCCAAGUUUCGGGAGUGGCAUCACUGGCUUAUAGUCAAUAUCCCAGGGAACGACCUUGGUCGGGGAGAGGUUCUCACGGACUACAUCGGCGCUGCCCCUCCCAAAGAGUCGGGACUCCACCGCUACGUCUUCCUGGUGUAUCAGCAGCGGGGGAAACUGACGUGUAACGAGAGCAGACUGCCUAACGAUUCCACAGCAAACAGGGGCAAGUUCAAGACCAAAGUGUUUGCUACCAAGUACAAGCUGGGCAACCCUGUAGCUGGCAACUUUUUCCAAGCUCAAUGGGACGACUGGGUUCCCCAGCUUUAUGCAGGCAUGAAAAAAUAAGCAAGUUUGCACUAUGCACAUGAGGACUGAAAUGCACCCGUGGUGAUUUCAAGCUGCAGCAUGGUCUUGGCUUAGAGCUUGAUUUGGCUUCCUGUAGAUAAAAUUGUGAGUCACAGUCUGGACACAAUGUUACCUUGACAAGUCAUAGAUGAGUUUUUAUUAUUCAUGUAUGUACAUACUGUACUAUAGAACUUAAUGAUGCAUGCAUUUGAUAAGUGCCCAGUAUAAUAAGGCCUCUUGUGACCAUUUGGGUAAUCUCCAAGCAGAUUUACCAGUGGCAUAAGAUAGCAUCAAAGAUAGAUCAACAGCCCACCAAGCAGUGUCUAUUAGGCAUUGUUGGCUAAUAAACACUUGUUGGCUGGCUAAUGAUACUUUCUAAUACCACCAGUAAAGUUGCUUGGAGAUGUCUUUUUGGGUGUAGGGGGCUCUGGAUAGACUCUUAGUUCCUUCUACCCCUUACCUAUUAACAACAUAUGAUGUACAAAUUUUCUUUGUUUAUUUUACAUAAAGAUCUGUUAAUACACAAAAUGAUCUUACCGUACACCAAUUUGUUUGGUUAAACUGUUGAAUUCUACCAUCUCUUGCUGUUAAGAUUUUUGCCGGUGCGUAGCACCGGCUAUGUAUGAGACGGGAGAAGCGGUUGUAUGGAUGCAUGGAUCGGUCACUUUAACGAAAUAGCCCUUCUAUACGUGCAAUUGCGUAAUCGAGCCAGCGUGGCCGAGCGGUCUACAGCACGGUACCUAUCUUCCGUAGAUUGUAGGUUCGAACCCCACUUGCUAAAUUUUUUUUUCUUUGUUAGACAAAUCUCAUGUAGUGGUUUUUUAAUAGAAGAAAGACCAAUUCAGUAAUUCGAUGUUUAAAAGCUCUUUUUUCGUGUGAUUUUGUUUAACAUCCAGGCUUUUUCCAAAAUACGCACCGGCCAGCUUUUUUCAGAAGCUUUCUUGUUUAUCAGAAUUUGAGCCAUAUCUUAACCAAGGGGCCAAAGGCAUUCCAGAUACUUUGUUUUUCAUGUUUUGUUAGCGUUAAAUGUCCGUACAAAUUUUAAGUUAAUGUUGAUAUCGUAAAAGCACUGGAGCUGAAUCCUUGAGCAUACCACAUACCAAGGGCAUCAAUCGGUACUUAUCAAUCAUGUCGACAUAUGGUAUUUUAUUGUGAUAUCUUAAUAGGAUAUGUGGAUUACACUUUCAGAAAAAGCUCUCUAUUGUACGUUCUGAAAUAUGCAUAUACUUUUUUUUUAUUCCACAACUUAAGAAAAGGCAAAAGUUGCAUGUUGUUUUAUGUUCUUUAUUUGUCAGUAGACUAUAUUAAGAGCCUCAGCAGUUUUUAACAUGCAUUGCUUACAGUAAGUUACACAGACAUGCAAAAUUGUAGCUUUGCUAAAUGAUAUUCAGCUUGAAUGUAGACAAAUGCAGCAAGCCAUGACAGACAGGAAAUUUCAUCAUAUCUUGAACAUUUUAAUGUAAGAAAUGUUGCUAUUGUUCAGUAUACAUUUUGUAAGUAUUGUUAUGUGUUGCCACUCUCUUGUGUGUACCUUUAACACUAAUACAUAGUGUCAUGUCAUUUUCUUACUAGUUACUGAACACAUGCACAGUAUAUCCCAUAGGUUAACCAGAAACCAGACUUGAGAUGGAAGAGCUGCUAGAUUAGCAAAACCUUGGUGUAAUUACAUGUAAAGUUAUUGUCCAACUUUAUGCCUUUGUCUAGUCCAUGUACAUGUAUAUGGUUAUGAAUUCAUUAGACCUGACAAAUGGGGACGUUUAUCAACUUAUUUGUAAGAAGAAGAAAAUUAAAGUUUAUUGCACAACAGUUGUGUCAAAUGCAAUAUAUGGCAAGUAUGUGGGGAUGACACAAAGUUCAGGCCCACAAGCUACAUGUGCUACUGGUUUAGCCAUUUAUAUAAAGCAAGGCAUUUGAUUGUGAGCACCAUCUUAGCUCGAAGGCGGCAAUGUCAAAAUGAUGAGAAAAACUAGCUUUCUACCUUCAACAACAACAUUGUUAUAAGUGAAACGUUACACUGGUUUUGAAAUUAAACACAGCUGUUCUCAA